GGUUCCGCGCGACAUCAAGCUACAACUGCAAGUGGUUGAUACGCUACUGGGAUGUCUGUGUAUGAUGCAGCAUGCGGGGGCUACCGUGUGUUUAUCGGGGCUCUCGGGGCGGCAACUGGGAAAGGACAUUUGAUCAAAGAUCUCCAAAAGUAUGGACAAGUCUUAGACCUCUGGCUUGCCAGAAACCCCCCGGGAUAUGCGUAUGUUGUUUACAGCAAAGCUAGAGAGGCCGAGUCGCUGGUCCGAGAAAGGAACGGCAGGAUGCUUGCCGGGCGGAGAGUUCGAGUGGAGCAUGCUCGUCCUUAUUUCAGUAGGUCUGCGACAUCAACACUGCCUUUCCAUCUCAUAGCAUCUCGGUUACGACGAAAUUCAAAAUUAAGGUCAAGGCAGCGAUCAAGGUCGCCUAGGAACGCGCGAGCACGAGACCACGGAAUACUGAGGUCAUCAUGCAAAUGCAACAGUGAAAGAUUCCGGUGUUCUAGUACUUCCUCAACUUCAAGGACACCUUCCCGCUCAGAGACACAACGCAGGCACGAUUCAUCCGACAAAAGAAGAAAACGUUACAAGCACCACUGUAGUCGAAAGAAACGAAAUCCAUCAAGAUCACGUUCCAGUUCCAGUUCCAGUUCCAGUUCCAGUUCCAGCUCUCGUUCCAGCUCUCGUUCCAGUUCUAGUUGCUGGAGCAGCUCCAGAUCUCAGCCCACGUCCAGACAUAGAUCGAAGCGUUCAGACACCGAUGUAUCACUGAAGUACUUCAAAUGCAAGGGUACACAACGGAAUAACAAAAGCCCACUAAGUUCAAGCACUAAGAUAGGUGAUAUGUCAACUGGGAUCGAGAGCUGGACAACAGAUGACGAUUUACCCAACAUUGAACUAUACGACGCACCACUCAGCGGCAGGAACAUUGCUACUUCAGAGAUUACAAUAAGUGAAAAUACAAUGUCCCAACCUCAACCUACCCUAGUAUCAUCAGCCGUGAUGAGUUCUACAUCAGCUGACACAAACAUCGGCAUAGACAGGACAGAACGUUCCUUACAUGGACAAACCAGUCAGUGUCAUAUUCAGAGAGCCUCACAAAACAUAUCAAAUACACAAAAUGAACAAUUGUUAAACGCUUCGAAUCAAAACGAAACGGUGUUGUGUUCUCAUGUACCAGUAACCAUUGAAACUCAACCACCCCAACAAACAUCAAUAUCCUAUCCAACGUGAAUAGCACAGGCGGUCAGGAUGAUUCUCAUCAGCAAAUCUAAACACACGCGUGUGGAAGACGCCCCUAUCAUCUUCACAGAGGGGGUUCUCCUAAAAAGGACGAAAGUGUAGCUGUUCAAAGCCGGUGCCAAUGCCAAUGAGAUGUUUGAAGUAGAAGAGUGUUCUUUGUAUUAGAUAAUUCCCGUGUGAAAAUGAACUACACCACAGUAGUUUGUGUUUGAACACUGACAUGCAGAUUGCCACGUUGGUUUGUUUUAGAACAUUCAGUACACGAAAAACACGCUGCAUAUUUAUCUGUGUAUUAAACUGAAUUGAUCUCUGCUACUAGUUCUGACUACGUGGAAACAGCUUCCACAUGUCAUGCUCACUUUGCUGGCUUUGUAAACAUGUUAUGUAUUACUGCUGUGGUUGAUGGGUAUUUAUACUGCUGGUGUGUAUCUCCCUUUCAUUAAGAGUGUAGCCUGUCUUUUGCAGCAAAGAGUUAUCACGUAAAUAUGAUGUGCCUUCAAAAUAAUUUCAUGCCUCAUAUUUACGUCGUAUUGGUAAACUUAAGUCGCCCACCUUCGUCACUUUUAUAAUAAUCAUGGAAUCACACUGCAGGGAUAUAUAAUCAUGAAAUAGAUAGUUCUGAUGGGUCGUCAGGAGUAACUUUGACAGUCAGAGGUAGAACGGUACCAAACACGACCACAAAUUGUCCAUGGACCAUGCAAUUCCUCCAUGUACAUGGGUAUGGAGUCAUCGUUGAUUCUGACACAUCAGUAAAAAGUCGUCGGUUGCUCGGAGCUUUUAGUAUGAGUUCCUAUCCACAGUAACACCUAGGCCCCCUACUCAUGCUUGGAGGCGGUUUUGUAACCAGACAAGAGGUAGAAAAUAUGUUCAGAAAAUAUGUUCACUUUGAAACAGGUUUCUGUUGACAGGAAAUGGUAAUGAUCACACAGGGCUCCGUUCAAGUCCAGGAUCGAUCAGAAAAGAGGCUUAAUGAAAUCUAGCUGUUCAGAGUUCUGUUCUUGAGAUCUGAGUUCUGAUCAGACGAUUCUAAGUCGUUCUUAUUAGACUAGUCCACAUGGUCUACGGCCACACAUUGUAGCCUGACGGCAGUGGCGACUCAUUUGGCACAUCGCUAAUGGUCUCUUGUAACGCUUGCAGAUGAGUCAAGAUUUAGCCUUGACUUUCGGAAUAUGCGGACGUGUCUGGAGGAGUGCUACUAUUGUAAUGCAAAUGUUAACGUGAGACAACAUGGAAGAAUUGGGUGGGCCAGAAACGAUAUGGUGCUGGAUCACUUUGGCUGCCAGAAUGUAUUGUAUCAGUUGAAUGGUCGCUGGACAGUACUACUGACACACAUACUUAGCACGCCGUACUCGUCCACGUUGUGGUUCCCUUUCACGACAGUCGUGCAUUCAGCACCAAAACAUCACUGACGUACGAAGGCCAAGCACGAGUCAUUCCACUGAUAGGACUAAUGUAGGGCGCGCUCAGGAGGCGCAAAGGUGUCAAAGGUCCAGGCAACUGCGUAAGGCGAACUGCACCAGACACUACAAAAAGAGUGGACACAAUUCCCACAAACUAGAGAUGGGAGUUUGAUUGGGGCCACGACACGACACAAACACAUUUUUAACCUUCAUGCGAGCCUGAUCCGUUACUGAUCAAGUCGUCUCCAAAUUUCAUUUUUGACAACACACUUGCAAUCUUGUAUCUCUCCUGGUUGUUUACACAGGUACAGGGUAAUCGUAAUUAUCAGUAUAUAAUCGUAUGAACCAGGCACUGAGUUUUGAUAGUUCCGGUAAUCCUAGUUUUGUUAAACUCUAUACAUUAACCCUUACAGUUAUUUGGCGUUUUCAGUUUGUUUUCCCACCAAAAGGCGCUUUACCAAACUACCUGGUCCAACUGAUGAUAGAACAGCCACUUAGCCUGAUUCUUACUGAUAUGUGUAAAGGAAUGUAUCUGUCACAACAGGAGAACGUAUACACGAUUGUACUUGUGUGUGAAGCUGCUUAUACUAGUCGGGACUGAUGCCGGCUUUAUUGUGCCAGCUCACUGAGAUACCAAGCCACAGUUUUACACGGAUGACCUGCUCAGACGCAACAAACUGAUCCCCAGCUGACUAACAACUUGAUGAGGUCUAGGCAAGGAAACAACAAGUACCAUGUUUUGACAUCUUUUGGUGUGACGUGGCAGUGGAUUGAAACACUGAUCUCCAGCACUGCGGGCAAAGGGUCUUUCCACUCCACCACUCAGGCGUUCGAACUUCAUAGUAACUUCAUGUACCUGUAGUGAACUGACAAUACUCAUAAUUAAUGAGGGCUUAACCUGUGAAUGAAAGUUUUGUUGACGGUUGAAGAAUAUAUUGUGUAGUGUGUGUUGCGAAUGGUGGUAGUUGCUAGUGUCUAUAUUUGACCUGUCCCUUAAUUUGGUGGAAUAGGCUAUUGCCGAGUAAAAAUACCAUUACGGCUGUUGCGUUAUGACUUCAGGUUACAAUAAAUGCACAUGCGCAUG